AUGGAGUCCACCAACCGAUUCAUGAUUGGCGUUUUCGGGCCUACAGGUGUUGGCAAGACUAAACUGGGAGUCUCUAUUGCCAAGUCUGUCCAUGGCCAAGUCAUUUCGGUCGAUAGUCUGCAGUGUUACUCCCCCGGGGGAAUUGUUACUGCCAAGCCCACUCCUGAAGAAAUGGAUGGAAUCGAACACCAUAUGAUCGGAUAUUUAGAGGCUGAAGAGGAGCCAACGAACUUUGUGGCAGAAGCAGUCGAAAGACUGGAGAAACUCUGUGACCAUGGGGCUAUACCUGUGGUUGUUGGAGGCUCAACAUCGCUCACUUUGCCUCUCCUGCGCGGUGCUUUGAACCGUGGAUGGCGUAUGGCUGCUAUCACCCUGCUGCCGCACCAGUCUACCUAUCUUGGCAACAUAGAAUCCAGAGUGGAUGACAUGCUAGAGGCCGGUCUUUUGGAAGAGCUCUCGGGUCUGAAAAGCCUCGAAGACAGGAAUCUGAACGGAAAGCCCAACUUUCACAAGGGUAUUUGGAAGACAAUUGGUUACCAGGAGUUGUAUCCAUACCUGGAGGCUCAAAGAAGCGAUGGGCAUUGCGAUGAGCUGCUCAAGUCUGGGCUAGCCUCCAUGAAAGAAAACACCUUUCAAUAUGGGAAUACGCAACUAGAAUGGAUUCGUCAAGCACUUUCUCCGUUUCUACACGCAGAGAAAAUUGCAAAUAUGAGCCUGACGGUUGUUGACAAGACAUCUUGGACUCGGGGCGUUGAGAAACCUGCAAUUCGAAUGGCGAGUGAUUUCUGCUAUGCUUCAACUUCGAUCAGUUUCCAUCCUAUCAACGAACCAAAGCCCCGGGUAAUAUGCAUCUUUGGUGGUUCGUCAUCUGGCAACGACCCGGCCCAUAUGGAGGCCGCCAAAUCACUUGGCAGAGUCUGUCACGAAAACAGCAUCAAACUCGUGUAUGGAGGCGGCACAACUGGAGUGAUGGGCGCAAUCGCAAGCACCCUCGUUGAGCUUUCUGGGCCUAAUGCUGUCCAUGGUAUUAUUCCAGAGGCACUGCUUAAAUACGAGGCCAAAGAAUCGGGGAGACAUGCUCAGGAUUCUGCUUUCGCUAGAUACGGUAGGCGGACUGUUGUUAAGGAUAUGCACACUCGAAAGCGCUUGAUGAUCCAAGAGGUGAUCGAUGGGGGCGAUGGAAGUGGUUUUGUUGGACUGAGUGGUGGCUACGGCACUCUCGAAGAGCUCUUUGAGGUGAUAACUUGGCAUCAGCUGGGUAUCCAUGACCGUGGUGUCUGCCUGCUCAAUAUGGACGGGUUUUUCGACGGGCUUGUCAACUGGCUAGGCAACGUGGUCAAGAAAGGGUUCAUUGGCCUACAGGAUGCUGCAAUUCUUAGCAUUGCCAGUACAGCUGAGGGGGUUGUCAAGUGCUUGGAUCAGAAACCCGGGUUUUCACGAAAGGGUGAACUUGAGUGGGUCUAG